GAGAGAGAGAGAGAGAGAGACCUGGUUUCUCUAUCACUAAUCUCGUACGCGCCAUCCACUCUCGCUAUGAGAGCAAUUAGAUUCAGCAGCGUUCCCAGCGCCUCUGCAAUGACUCAUUGAAACAUCUUCAGUGCUGAUAGAACCGCAUCGCCAUUCUGCUCACCUCACACACACACACCUCUCACACUUACGGGGUGAAAAUACAGCCCAGGACGUGCUGCCGCGCUCCCUCCGGCACACAUGGACUGCGCUGCCUUAAUUUGGAUUUGCAGAGCAGGAGCGUGGAUGUGGACUUAAAUGCAUGUUGCGCAUGUGGGCUGCAGUUCCGCGGGAAGACAGGACCCGUGCGUGAGACAUCCGGGCUGAGGACAUUCGGUCACAUUGGAGUUUAUGUGUUGGGAGGUUUCGAGACAUUCCUCUGGACAGGAGUAAUACAACAACUUCUGAUCACCGCACAAGCUCUGAAGAUGGGGAGCUUUGAGGAAGCUACUGUGUUCAGCUGGGGCUCCUGCAAUCAGCUCACAGUCUGAAGAGAAGCACAAAGCGAACUGGAGGAGGGUGGUGGAGUCGCUGAGGAUCUAGAAGUACAACCUACCAGAAUCUGGUUAUGCACAGAGAGAGCAUGUCAGUUCUUGUAGGCCCUUUAUGGAUGUCUUACUCCAAGGCCAAGGCCAGUGUCUUGCUGUGGAUGGGGCUGGUGUCCAUCUGUGUAGCUGCUGUUCAAGCCCAGCAGCAUCCUAUGGCCACCACCAAUUAUGGGAAAUUGCGUGGAGUGAAGGUUACCUUACCCAAUGAGAUCCUGGGACCGGUGGAGCAGUACUUGGGGAUCCCCUAUGCACUGGCUCCAACAGGCGAACGAAGGUUCCAACCACCAGAACCACCUAUGUCUUGGCCGGGAAUUAGAAAUGCUACUCACUUUGCUCCAGUUUGUCCUCAGUUCUUAGAGGACCGCUUCUUACUCAACGAUAUGCUCCCUGUGUGGUUCACCGCCAACUUGGAUACAGUAGUAAGCUAUGUUCAGGAGCAGAGUGAAGACUGUCUCUACAUGAACAUCUAUGUCCCAACAGAGGACGAUAUUCACGAUGAGAAUGGAUUAAAGCCAGUGAUGGUUUACAUCCACGGAGGCUCCUAUGUGGAGGGGACCGGCAACAUGAUCGAUGGCAGCAUCCUGGCGAGCUAUGGGAACGUCAUUGUCAUCACAAUUAACUACCGGCUUGGAGUUUUGGGUUUUCUAAGCACAGGUGACCAAGCAGCCAAGGGGAACUACGGUCUUCUGGAUCAGAUUCAGGCUCUCAGGUGGAUCAAAGAAAACAUCCAUGCCUUCAAAGGGGACCCGAAAAGAGUGACCAUUUUUGGCUCGGGGGCUGGAGCGUCGUGCGUCAGCCUGCUCUGCCUGUCGCAUUACUCAGAAGAUCUGUUCCAGAAAGCCAUCAUCCAGAGUGGGACAGCGCUGUCCAGCUGGGCCGUCAAUUACCAGCCUGCAAAGUACACCCGAUCCCUCGCUGAGAAGGUGGGCUGCAACAUGCUGGACACCAUCGACCUGGUGGAGUGCCUGCAAAAGAAAAACUACAAGGAGCUGAUUGAGCAGUACGUCACGCCUGCAAAGUAUCACAUUGCUUUUGGGCCUGUAAUUGAUGGAGAUGUGAUCCCAGAUGACCCACAGAUUCUCAUGGAGCAAGGGGAGUUCCUAAACUACGACAUUAUGCUGGGGGUCAACCAGGGAGAGGGGUUCAAGUUUGUUGAUGGCAUUGUGGACAGUGAGGAUGGCGUGUCUGCCAACGAUUUUGACUUUGCAGUGUCAGACUUUGUGGAUCAUCUCUAUGGCUACCCAGAGGGAAAGGACACCCUGCGGGAGACCAUCAAAUUCAUGUACACUGACUGGGCAGACAAGGAAAAUCCAGAAACCCGUCGCAAGACCCUCGUGGCACUCUUCACUGACCACCAGUGGGUGGCACCAGCUGUGGCCACGGCCGACCUCCAUGCCCAGUACGGCUCACCCACCUACUUCUAUGCUUUUUACCACCACUGUCAAAGUGACAUGAAGCCCAGCUGGGCGGAUUCCGCCCACGGUGACGAGGUGCCGUAUGUGUUUGGGAUCCCCAUGAUUGGCCCCACGGAUCUUUUUAACUGCAACUUUUCAAAGAAUGAUGUGAUGCUGAGUGCAGUCGUCAUGACCUACUGGACUAAUUUUGCCAAAACAGGGGAUCCAAACCAACCAGUUCCACAGGACACAAAAUUCAUCCAUACAAAGCCUAAUCGGUUUGAAGAAGUAGCCUGGACAAAGUACAAUCCCAAAGACCAGCUCUACCUUCACAUUGGCCUAAAACCAAGAGUUCGGGACCACUACCGGGCUACAAAGGUUGCAUUCUGGUUAGAACUGGUUCCACAUCUCCACAAUAUAAAUGAGUUUUUCCAGUAUGUAUCCACCACCACAAAGAUACCGCCGCAGGACACCACCCCGUACCCUUACACCAAACGCUUUCCUGGGAAAAACAACUGGCCAUCCACCACACGCCACCCCGGAGUCCCCUCUGCCAACACCAAGCAAUCCAAAGACCAGCGCAAGAGUGGAGACCUUACUGAGGAAUCCACUGUCAUGAUUGAGACCAAGCGAGACUACUCCACUGAGCUCAGUGUCACCAUUGCUGUGGGGGCUUCCCUGCUUUUCCUGAACAUCCUCGCCUUUGCAGCCCUCUACUACAAGAAAGACAAACGGCGACACGAAUCCAACCGGCGCAUCCCUACCCCGCAGCGCAACUCUGCGCCGGCAAAUGCUUCGUCCACAGCCAACGAUGUGGCACACAUGCAGAGCGAAGAGCUGAUGUCCUUACAGAUGAAGCAGCAGCAGCUGGAGCACGAGCACCACCACGAGUGCGAGUCCCUGCAGAGCCACGACACGCUGCGGCUCACUUGUCCCCCUGACUACACCCUCACUCUACGCCGGUCGCCCGAUGACAUCCCACUCAUGACCCCCAGCACUAUCACAAUGAUCCCAAACUCCCUGGCUGGCAUGCAGCCUUUGCACAACUUCAACACUUUUGGUGGGAGCCAGAACAGUACCAAUUUGCCCCACGGCCACUCAACAACACGGGUAUAGCUGAGCUGGGUGGGGACAAAUCCAGAAUCCAACACAAAGCAAACAUGUGAGAUUAACUGUGGAAAGCACAGAUUCUAAAGUCUAAGCAGAUGAUAUUUUGUUAUCACGCCUUCUUGAAAAGAAUAAAAAGGGUGCAUUGCUCCUUAACUUCUUAAGAAAUUCAGAAUGAAUGUUACUUUAGUAACUCUUUUUGAAACAGAGCUUCAUAGACGGUUUUAAUUAAAAGAAAGCAACCAGGAAUGACUGUUAACAUUCGUAUAAUGGGCGAAAAGGCCUUUAUGGAGGCUUUUAAGCCAGGAAUACACAAGACAACUGAGAUGACAGCAACAAAGAAGCUUCAUCUUUUCAUAAUUGUUCCUGCAUCAGACACCUGACUUGGGCACAGAAUUCUACACCCCAGCCUGAUAUGUAUUUAUAAAAACUUUGCAAAAAAAUUAUUAAAUUAAAAAAAUAAGAAAACUAAAAGGGAAUAUAAUUAUGCGUGCAAAUAUAUUAAAAAAACAAACAUUUUUUAAAAGAUUUAACAAAGAAAAUACAAAGAGCUCUUUGUAUUAUUGGUUUUCUUUUGGCUGGGAUGGUCCAUUUCUUUUUGUUUUGCCUUGUGCUUUUAGUUUCUCUGUGUGUAAAUAUAUAAAAAAAAAAAAACUAAAAAGGAAAAAAAAAUGAUGUUCUUCAUUUUUCUGACUACAGCUUGUGUUUCAUUAAUUUUGUCAGAAUGACCAAAAUGCGAACACAAUCCCAUCAGUGGCGAGUUCUUCAGUUCAUCAUAUGCAGUAUUGUCUCGUGUAUUGCUUGAUGUUCACUUUUUAAGACAUUGAGGGUCCGGAAAAGAGCUUAACCAAGUGUUUUUAGUCUGACUGGAUCUCAUCCUGUUCUGCUACUAUUGCUUUUCUUUGUGAAAUUCUUUCCUUUCCUUUCCUUUUUUUUGGCUUGUUUUUGUCUUGCAACCUCAGCUCUGCCUGAGAUUACAAUGUGACCAGCAAUGUAUACUUUAGGAAUAAAAACAGCAGUAAGUUUUUGUACCAAUAUUAGUUGGAUAUGUUUGUAAAGGCAUCUAUGUUAGAUAUUUCAAAUUGUCAUAUGCUAGCAAUAUGUAAAAUAUUGUGCCAGACUUGUGAUAUUUUGGUUUACAGAAACAAGUGAAUGAGUGUAAAUAUUAAUAUUAAUUACUAUAAAAGCAAAAUAAGUACCCAGUAUUGCCCUUUCCAUUUUGCAUACUAUAUCAGGAGAAAAAUAAUUACAUCCAGAAACUUUUAAGCUGCAUUUAUAAAUUGUAUAAAAACAUAUAUUCUUGUCAUUUGGUCCCUAAACCAGUCGAGCUAACAAGGGUUUUUAUUGUAGUUUUAAAAUCCUUUGUUUGUCUUAUUUCUUUACAGUUUUGCCUUAAGUGAUGAUAGACCUAUUUCUGGCUGGACCCCUGUAUAAACUUUUUCUGCAACAUUUUUAAUAAAAUAUCACAGUAUUUUCUAAAAAAAA